CGAGUGAGGUGCUGGCGAAAUCGUCUCUCGGUUGUUCUCUGGCUUGUGUCCGUCCGCAUGGCACCUACAUUUUCAGUUCACCAACAGUUCUGUGAAUUCUCUUUUAUGUUCGUGGGACUCUGUGUCUGUGUGUGUGUGUGUGUGUGUGUGUGCGCAGCGCGACAAAUAAUGACAACAGCAAAAAGAGCUUUCAUUUAAAAUAAUUACACCACUCGACUGCUCUGUGAUAUCAUCUAUUCCAACACAAACAGACGGAUCUCCUAAAUGAUUUUUUUUCUUUUUGUUUUCUUUUGGGUUUAAAAUACGAAUGUCCUACAUUCUGGGCCCAGUUGUGAUUCAUGAAAAGAUUUUAGGAAUUUUAGACAUGUAACAAUACAGCUAUGAGGUAUUUAUAUGUUGGGCAUGUAACCUUAAUUAGCAGGUACAAGCAAAGAUUUCUAAGGAAAAAAAAACAAAAACUUUACUAAUUUCCCUUAAUUUCACAUAACAACCACUGACUUACUUGCAUUCGUCACCAAUUUGUCAUCAUGUUUUAAAGAUACGGAUGAACAUAUUUUGAAGAUAAGGGUUCCCAGUAACUUACUGCAGCUAAAGAGACACACUUUUCCAAUAAAGUGCUGCAUAAACUACGCUUCAGCUUCCCGUCCUUGCCAGCUUCUUUUCCACGUUGCUUUCUCUCCUCAUCAGUAUGGCAGUUGUGUUUGCUGAGCUGGCUUCUGAUAGACUUUCGUUUGGUUCGGUCAUUUGAGAUUUGGUAUUAGCUCUCUCUUCUCUCCCUCUCUCCCCCUCUCCUGUGGGUUUUAUUCAGAUGCACCUCCAGACUGUGCUGUGUGAGGGGAAGUGAUGGAGGGAUGGAUGGAAGAGGGAAGGAGGGGCAGACUGGGACAGAGGCUGACGGGUAUUAGACCCCUGAACACAGCUGGGACCUCCACUAUGAAAGAGAUGGCCAUUCGCUGCACACUGGUGAACUGCACAUGUGAGUGUUUCCAGCCAGGGAAGAUUCACCUACGAACAUGUGACCAGUGCAAACAUGGCUGGGUAGCUCAUGCUCUGGACAAGCUCAGCACCCAGCACCUCUACCACCCGACCCAGGUGGAGAUCGUUCAGUCCAAUGUGGUGUUCGACAUCAGCAGCCUGAUGCUGUACGGCACCCAGGCCGUACCCGUCAGGCUCAAGAUCCUUCUCGACCGCCUGUUCUCCGUGCUCAAGCAGGAAGAGGUUCUGCACAUCCUGCACGGCCUGGGCUGGACCCUCCGAGACUACGUCAGGGGCUACAUACUGCAGGAUGCUGCAGGCAAGGUGCUGGACCGCUGGACCAUCAUGUCCCGAGAAGAGGAGAUCAUCACCCUGCAGCAAUUCCUGCGCUUUGGUGAGACCAAGUCCAUUGUGGAGCUGAUGGCCAUUCAGGAGAAGGAAGGUCAGGCAGUUACAGUUCCCUCUUCCAAGACAGACUCCGGGAUUAGGACAUUCAUUGAAAGUAACAACAGGACCCGCAGCCCGGGGCUUCUGACACAUCUGGAGAACAGUAGCCCAUCCAGCAUUCACCAUUUUGAGAAUAUCCCCAACAGCUUAGCCUUCCUCUUGCCUUUCCAGUACAUUAACCCAGUCUCUGCCCCCAUGCUUGGCUUGCCCCCCAAUGGCCUCCCUAUGGAACAGUCUGCUCUCAGGCUCCGGGAGCCCAGCCUGCCAAACCAAGGAGAACAGGUGGAAACCAGUGAAUCAGAAGUGUCCCUAUCACCCUUCCGCACAGGUCAGAGUCCUAGUCGUGGAGCACUGGGAAGCAUGAACAACACUGAACCCAAGACAGAACCCAGCAACAGGGCAUCACCCAUCUCGCCAACCCCUUCCACCCAGCAGGCUCAACAGCAGCAACAGCAGACACAGCUUCAGCAACAACAGCAACAGCAGCAGGGUCAACAGCAGUCUCAAAAUCAACCUCAGCAAUCGAACAGCUUGAGUGACCACCAGGUCCACCACCACUUUGUAAAGGACGAACAGUCGAAAACCAUCACCCAUCCUUCCUUUUCCUCCAAAAUGCAUCGCAUGCGCCGCAUGGGAGCCACCUCACGGAAGGGUCGUGUGUGCUGCAACUCUUGUGGGAAAACGUUUUAUGAUAAAGGCACACUUAAGAUACAUUAUAAUGCUGUACACUUGAAGAUUAAACAUCGUUGCACCAUUGAGGGCUGCAACAUGGUCUUCAGUUCACUACGCAGCCGCAACCGCCACAGUGCCAAUCCCAAUCCACGGUUGCACAUGCCCAUGCUGCGCAAUAAUCGCGACAAGGACCUCAUCCGUGCCAAUUCAACCCCUGGUACACCUGUCAUCUCAAGCACCAAGAAUGGUGGUUUUACUCUCACCAGCCCUGGAAGGCCACCACUGGGCUUCACUACUCCACCAGUAGACCCUAUGCUUCAGUCACCCCUGCAAAGUCCACUGGUAUUCCCCUCCCUGAAGUCAGUGCAGCCAGUCCAGCCUGUGCCCCCCUUCUACCGAACAUUACUGUCGCCUGCGGACCUCGUCAGUCCUCCCGUGUCACUGCCCACCAGCCCUAUCAUGCCCACCACCACCAACAGCACCACACUGAUGGACCAGCAACAGCACAUCCUGGCUGCUGCAGCUGUGGCUUCACACAAUAGCGUUCAUAUGUCAGAGACAGGACACAUGUCCCACCGCUUGCAUACACCUAGUGCCAAUCAGGACCUCAGCACUGGCAACAGUGACCCCACACCCAAAAAGAAGCCUCGUAAAUCUAGCAUGCCAGUUAAGAUUGAGAAGGAAGUGAUUGACGUAGCGGACGAAUUUGAAGACAAAGAUGAGGAUGAUGAUGAUAACAUCCACCAUAAUCACCACCAUCACCAGUCAUCUCUCCUUCACAACAAUGUCAAAAUUAAUGGGAAUUGUAAUAGCAACAACAACAGUGGCAGUGGUACCAGAAACCACAGUGGUGGUAGUGGGCAGCAAUCCCCUUCCCAGGAUGAGAUGAGUCCUGGCUUAGCUCUGAGAGGAAUGAUGAGACAAAGUGAAGAUGAAUGUCGGGAAGGGACUGGUAGUGACAGCAGAGGUGGAGCCUCUGAGCUCCGCUGUAUGGACAGCUUUACCUCUGAGGAUCAGGAUCAUGAGAGAGACUUUGAGAAUGAGUCUGAAACCUCUGAUUCCAAGAUGUUCUACCGAGAUGAGCUGAUGGAUGUGGAGGAACAGCAAAAACACGGCAGGAGGAUACUGGACAAGGAACAUGACAAUGAGGGUAGUGAGGAAGCCCAUUUGAGAAAGGAAAUGGAGGGAAAAGGCCAUUCCUCGCCCUCCCCUCACCAGCCUCCAAUCAAGAUCAAGGAAGAACUCAAUGAUCCAACUUAUGACAUGUUCUGCAUGGGCCAGUAUGGCCUCUAUAAUGGAGGAAUGGCAGCGGCUGCUGCUGCUGCAGCAAGCAUGGCUGCUCUGCAUGAGAGCUUCAUCACUUCGAUGGGCUAUGGUGCCAGCCCACCCAAAUUCCCUUCUUCUCAAUCACCAGAGGGAGAUCCAUGUUCAAGUCCUGACCCCAAGAUCUGCUAUGUUUGUAAGAAGAGCUUCAAGAGCUCCUAUAGCAUGAAACUGCACUACAAGAAUGUGCACCUCAAAGAGAUGCAUGUGUGCACUGUGGCUGGCUGCAACGCCGCUUUCCCUUCCCGGCGGAGCCGAGACAGGCACAGCUCCAACAUCAACCUGCACCGCAAACUGCUGACCAAAGAGCUGGACGACAUUGUCCUGGACCCCCAACUCACGCCACUGCCCAAGGACCUGCGAGCCGAGAUACUGGCCAAGAUCUACGCGGGGCACCACAUGGGCUUGGACCCUAUGGCCGGGAUGGGCAUCGGAGGCACCACCCUCGGACCCGCUGGCCUGAACCACAAUGCCCAUUCCCCCAUGAGCAACGAGUAUCCCCACCAUCCUCUCAACCAAGACCUUAAAAACUACCACACCAACGGCUUCUCCCGGGGCCAGCCAGAUGACUACAUGGUGUUGGACCUGAGCACCACAUCCAGUGUUCAAUCCAGCAGCAGUGUCCACUCCUCACAUGAGUCAGAUGAGGGCAGCGAUGAAGGCAUCCUAUUGGAUGACCUGGAGGAGGAGGGAGAAGAGGAGGAGGAGGAGGGCAACAGUGAGGGAGAGGACUACUCCCAGCGUGCCGAGGGGCGGGCUGAAGGGGGACAUCGGGAAGAGACUGGAGAACUAAAAGUAGGACGAGGUGAGGGGUCGGACCCUUCCUCCUCACCGUUCCUCCUUUCGUCCACUGGGGGCAGCAAUGGCAGCAGCAGUGGCAUCCUCUGUAACAUCUGCCACAAAAUGUACAGCAACAAAGGGACCCUGCGUGUGCACUACAAGACUGUGCACCUGCGCGAGCUGCACAAGUGCAAAAUCCCCGGUUGCAACAUGGUGUUCAGCUCUGUGCGCAGCCGUAAUCGACACUCUCAGAACCCCAACCUCCAUAAAAACAUGCCCUUCUCUACAAUAAUAGACUAAAGAAUGACUUACUACUCUACCCUCCUGUCAGUCUGCCGCUCCUCCCUUCAUUCCUCAUUCUUAUUCCUCCUCAAAUUAGCUUUUAACCCCAGCCCAAGGCCAUCAAAUACAAGCUAAAUGCCUGUAUGUCUCCUGCCCGUCCUCUGUAAGUCAUUGCAAGACAUUUCAAUCUCCAUCUAUAAAAUUAAUUGACUCUAAAUACAGUUUAUUAUUGUGUCCUUUGACUUUUCCUCCUUUGGAAGAACAGGAUGACACUCUUCAGCAUGGAGUUUGCUUUAUAACAAAACUCCAGUUGUUGUUUUUUUUUUUUUUCAUAAGCUCCUCCAUCUUUUCCUUUCUAACUUCUCCCCACUUUGUGUUUAUGCCCAUCUCCAAAGAAUUCAUUCAAACUCUUAUUUGUGACUUUGCCUGCAGAAACGAUAGUAUUGAGAAAAAAAAAAAAAAGAAAAAGAAAAAAAAGAAAAUCUUCUCGUUGUAUUUGUGUAAUGAUAGCUUUUAAAUGAACCCCUUACAAAAGCAUGACAGCUUCAUUUGUAAAUAAUGUCCCAAGAGGCUUUUGGUGUAAAAGAGUUGUGUUGAUGGUUGUUUGCUUCUUUUUUCUCUCUUUAUGGUUUUAUGUUACAGUCCAGUACAAUACUUCCAGCUAUAGGCAAGAAAGAGGUAGCAUCUUACUAGCUUGACUCAUUUAUGUUAGCUUCAAAGACACGUUUUAAACUGAGUCCUAGGGAAAAAAAAGAAUAUCAUGUGACUUGUUUUAUCUACUUGUUAGAUAUUCAGAGGUUGCCGGCAUGCUUUUUUAGGCUCCUACACCGAUAUCAUUCUCUGUAUUUCUAUUGAUUUUUUUUGUCUGUUAUGUUUAUGAGCUUUAGUAUACCAAUUCAGUUUUUGCACUUUGCAUCUAUACAAGGGGAUGUGUAAUAUUAUUAUAAUGAGGAUUUUUUGCAAUGGUGAGUUUAGGUGUUGUUUGGGGUCAUUGAUGGCUACAGCGCCAAGGGAAGUGACAGUACCUUCAACAUACUUGUGCCAGUUUCUUUUUGCACGUGCUCAGUUUCAAACACAGUUUUUUACAACAGGAAACAUCUUGCCUCCCAGAACAAAACCUAGAGAUCUUCCCCCCCAUUGCUAAACAAAGUAUUCAGAAAGUGUCUCCAAAGUGUCUUGCUUCAAAUCCAGGUCUGACGAACUACAAACUGCUGUUUCACAAACACAGAAGAGUUAAUAUUGAUGAAGUCCCCCCCUCCCCCCACCUCCUCCGCUUUUUGCUUAAGGAGUAAUUUGUGUAUGUUUGUUGAUGAUCACAAUAACUACUUCCGGGGUUUAGUCAGUUAAUCUGUCUAAAGCAUGCAAUUAUUUUGUCCAACAGAGUUAUCAAUGCAAGAACUGGUGUUUGUUGUCAAAAAAAGGAAAAAAAAGGCGUCUUACUGAAAUAUGAUUGUCCCACAGAUUACAAAAAGGAGCGAAAAGAGAAAAAAGAUGAAACUAGUCCUUCAACUGUGACCAAAAUAUAAGUGUUUGCUAAAGAAAAAGCUCUUUCAGUGUGACAUUGUACCUAAAUCAUGCCCCGUUUGAUUAAUAUGAUGCACUUGAGUCUUAAAACUUUUGCUGUGAUAUUUUGCUAUUGGUUUCCAUUGCUGAGUGUCGGCUUCAAAUAUACUCUAUAAAAAUGUUGCCAUUUUUCUGGCUGUCGGUUGCAGCGAUUUUUACCAUGUCCAUAACUGUCUUACGGUACAAAUAUUUCCAGUAAUUGGGCAAAGUAGCCGAGGGAAGGGGUAUUUAUUAGUGGGUGAUGUAUCUUCAUGGAGAUUUCUGUUUUUGUCCAGUUUAAGAAUAUUUUUUGUAAAAAGACAAAAAAAUAGAGAUUGUUCCUCAGUUUGACUUGUUAUUCAAUGUAUUAGCAAUGCCAUGUGUUACUAUACAAGGAGAUCUUCUCUUACUUGACUGGUGCUACACACAGUGGGAAAAUAUGCAGUGUUAUGUGGUGUGCUGUACAGUAUUCACAACACCUUACAUCCAUAACAGUGUUAGGUUCCACUUAUUUCACACUUAAGCCAUUUUGCAAUAUAGACAUGACCUAUUCUAUUGAAAUAUUUCAUGUCUUUUUUAAGACUCCACCUAUAUGACACAUGCAGUUUUUAGUUCUCUCUUCUCAGAGAUAAAGAGGGCGAGACGGAGAGCUGAGGCUGAUGGAAAGGUUGCGGAGGUGGAAGGCUGACUAGGGAGGAAAGGAUGACAGCAACGAUCAUUAAAAAUGUGCUGCUUCUCUGUUACCUGGAGGCGUCCCGCCAUUCCAGCUUCUUCUGUCUAAUAACUCACUUGUCACUUCGUUACACUGCCAGACGCCAAGGCUGCUGACAAGACUGUGACACUGACAGAAGGAGAAAAAGAAGGAAAGAGAGUAUGUGCUCGGAACAAUUUAAUUUGACUCAUUCAAUUAAGUUGAAUUCAAUUCAUCUUUUCAUGUGCGCUUAUUCUUAUUCAGGGUCGCUGGUAAUUCAAUUCAACUCCUUUUCUCUUACUCUGUUUUUCUCUUUGUCUGUCAGAGCGCAGUCAUUUAACAACCGCCUUACCCAUUUCUUCAACCCGCCACUCACUUACCACCUCCACACGCCACAGCGCAGAUCCUACAGGGACACGCACUAAUAGUGUAUGCUUAAGUUCACUGGACGGCCAUGGCAUAGGAAAAAGGGAUGGGUAAUUGCCUGUUUAUCCCAAGUGAAGGGAAAAUUGAGUACAGGAACCCCUGCCUUCUCCCAGGAGUGGGUUUCACUGAGGCGCUUGCUGCCUCAUUCACUCAUUCAAUCCCCCCGGCCCUCGCUCUGGCAGAAAUAAAAAAGUGCUACUCCAGGAACCCUGCUGACAGCUGUCUCUCUAACACACAACCAUGCAAACGCACAUGCACACAGAGAAGAGUGGCACACACUCAGAGGGAUGACAAGACCUAGAUGACUUGUUAACCUCUAGUGAUGGAGACAGGGGCAGAGAAAAAAUAUUCUCAGCACAGAAAAUGAAACUCUCUUUUUAGCAUGAACAUUACAGCUGCAGCCACUACACAGAAAGCUAACAUUCCGUUAUGAAGAAUGGUGUGAGCUAGAAUUAAAUAAGACAAAGAAAAUGUGAUGCUCCUACAAUUACUACUUUAUUUUAAAAUUCCAACAUGUUUAACAGCUAAUGAGUUGAGACUUUCUAGCUUAAGAGGCCAGCGUUUAAAUGGAAAAAAUCUAUUAAAAAGGUCAACAAGCUCACAGAUUGAUUUGAACUCUUGAGAAUGAAGGGAGCUGCAUAUACCAAAAAUAUCAAAAGUUAUCGUAAUAUAAGUGUGCUCUGGCCAAUAACCUCAGUUGCAAUGCAAAGUUUUCAGACUUGUUUUUUUUUUCUUUUUCCAACCAACACAUUCCUUAUGUUCUGUUCUUUACUGUCCAUUUCUCAAGUAGCAGCUGCAGAGCACGACCUGUCUCAUGUACUAGUGUGUUCCAGACAGAAAGCUGAAUAUCACAGAAGAGGUACCCUCAAAACGCCUUUCUACUACCUCCUCCAGGCUCUCUCAGAGUCCUGGAGGUUCUGCACAUGCCAGCAGAGCACAGAGCUGCAAGAGGCUGGAAACACAGCCGACAAAAAACAUGCAAAUGACUGUCCAUAACUAGGGAGACAGCCGAGAGAGACGGGAGAAGGGAGGAAUGGGGUAAAAGGAUUGGGUUUAGAAAGCGGUCUGGCCACAGCCUUGCAGCAGUCACUUAACAAUGCAGGGGAAAAAGAGAAGAACUGAGGUUGAGGAGAGAGUGAGAAAGCAGCAGGACUAGGACUCCCCAGGACUUAUCCCCAGCUUUUUCUUGAUUGCCUGUUGGAGAGCGAUCGAGCCACCCCUCACAUUUCCACCUCUCUCCUCUGGACUCCUUUCUCCUCUGAGAAAUGACCACCGAUUUCCCUCUCUUCUGAGAAAGCCCGAAGUCCAAUCUUUGUACUUCUUAAUUCUCCAGCCACAUGGGUCCAGGUGCAUUGUGCUACCUAGUUGGCCAGGCUUUCGGACGGCAGAAGCACGUCGCUUAGAGCACCUCACUGGCCCAGAACACUGGAGUGAAUCUUAAAUAUUUGAUUAGACCAGCGUCAACCAUCAAUUAUUCUGCAAUGCUACAUAGCACACCGAGGGAGAAAGGGGUGGCAAACGGCUGAAACGCCUGACCUGUUAAUCGCUGUCCAUUUUGUUCAUGUCACAGAGUGAGUGAGUACAAUAGGUGUAAGCAGAGAGGAUGAGAGGUGACAGACACUGCAUGCAAACUGUCCAGUUAAUGUAGCUCAUGGAACAAAGUGAGGUAAAAAUGUUUGAUGAGACGUCGUUAGAAAUAUGCAGAUAGAAGAAAAAUACACACACGUGGGUUUGUAUAGAUGCUUCAGUCACAAGUCUUAUGUUCUAAAAAGAAUGCCCUCAUUAAUUUGAACUGGAACCUGUGAAAUGUCAAUGAUCCUGAAAAAAAAUGCUGUAAAUUCAUAAAAUGUUUUCCAUUGUAUUUUCAAAUAUAUUUUACAGUCUUAAAGUAUAAAUAGCUUGAAGAGCUGGUGAAUUUAGAUUUUUAUUUUCACUUGUGUUUUUUGUGUAUCCAAUGCAUUUGUGUCUGUGUCUUAAAAAGCCGGUGUUACAGCACUGGCACUCGACAGCGUUGCAUGGCUACAUAGUCGCACUGCAAAGAACAAAAAGAGCAAAGGAGCUUGCGUCACUUUGGUGUCAAAAUGGUGAUUUGGAAGCCUCAUGAAUACUGUAUGUUACCUAAAGAGGUGUUCCCCAUUUGCAGACAGAAGGAAAAAAAAUGAUCCUUUUUAAGAGACUCUUUUUUUCUUUCUUUUUAGCCUUUCUUGUAUUUGUUUCUGUAUCAUAACUGUCUAUGGUUUUUGCAUAAAAUGCAUAAGGGUUUUGGGAUGUAAAUGGAAUUUUAUUCAUAUUUUGUCCAAAUACCUCUUGUAAUUUGUAUCAGAAUUCUUGUACAAUUUUUAUAUUAAAGAUUUAUCAGUCACUGGCA